AUGUCAUUACCAGGUACACCAACUACCUCUCCGACCCCGAUGGAUGAGGAUACUGAACAAGCCGUUUCGGUUAACACUGAACCUAAAAGAGUAAAAGUUUAUAUUCUAGAGAACAACGAAUGGAAAGACACAGGUACGGGGUUUUGUAUAGGAGAAGUGGAAGAGGGCAAAUUUGCAUACCUUGUUGUCUCAGAUGAAGACUCCCCGACUGAAACUUUGUUAAAGUCCAAACUAGAAGGAAAUAUUGAAUAUCAACGGCAGGAGGAAACGCUUAUUGUUUGGAAGGAUUUGGGAGGAAAAGACAUAGCUUUGAGUUUUGAAGAGAGUAUGGGAUGUGACACCCUAUGUGAAUUCAUUGUUCACGUCCAAAGGAACAUAGAGUCAAAUAUUUCUCUAGUCACUGUAAAAUCUAGCGACAACGGGCUUGGGUCUGUUCACGAUAUCAUAACGGGUCCCGUGACCUUGCCCUCUAACGACCUUCAACAAAAUAGUCAAACUUUAUUAGAAGCUCUAAAGAUUCUGAAUGAAAAUACCUCUUUCGACUUUCUGAAAAAUGAAACCAUUGAGUUUAUCCUCCAGUCAAAUUACAUCGAUACAUUAAUUUCUCAUUUCCAUAAAGCAGAAGAAGAAAAGAUACCGAAGGAUUUAUUUUUGCUAAGUAACAUCAUCAAAACUUUGAUACUUUAUAACCAAAGAGAUAUAUUGGAGUCAAUGGUCGAGGACGAUAGAAUCAUGGGGAUAGUUGGGAUUUUAGAAUACGAUACUGAAUACCCUACAUCAAAGGCGAACCAUAGAAAAUAUUUAGGUUCAAAAGGCCCCAAUUUCAAAGAGGUUAUUCCAUUGGAAAAUGAAGAUUUAAAAAUAAUAAUGAAAAAAUGUUUUCGCUUACAGUUCUUAAAAGAUGUGGUAUUAGUACGAUUUUUAGACGACCAUAAUUUUAACUUAAUCUCGGAAAUUGUCAUGGAUUUAGAAACAUGUAUAAUCGACUUUCUUCAAGUAGGGACGUUUUUGGAUAGACUAAUAGAGCUAUAUGAUACCAACACUCUUCCAAAAAACCCUUCAGAGAAAGAGAAGUUUGUACAGAAACGGAAAGACGGGAUUAGACUGUUGCAACAAUGCGUUCAAAUGUCGAUCAAUUUAGACGCGGUUGAUCGUUCCAAAUUCUACAAAACACUUGUUCGAAAGGGCCUAUUCAAAGUCUUAGAUUAUGCAUUUCACAUGGAAACGGAUAGUAAUGUUCGGAUUUUAGCUACGGAUACUAUCAUUACUAUAAUCGAACAUGAUAUCUUGUUAAUUCACAACGUUCAGAACGAAGAUUCUUUCAAACGGCAACAUAGAUUAGCUCCUGAUGACAAGUCCUCCGUUCGGAAAAAUCCACAGGAUUACAGCUCUAGUACCGAUUCCAAGUUGCUAUUAAUACUUUCAACAAUCCUUCUUUCCGACAGGAGCCCCGGAUUGCGAGAACAGGUUGUGCAAGCGCUAAAUACUUUGCUUCAUCCAGAAGGAUGUCUUGGUAAUGGAGAGGGCUCAUAUGAUCUCACGGGUAGGUCCAGUUAUGAAUCAAAGAACACAUCUGAAGACUUCUCAAACUUCGGUUAUGGUUUAAACUCGGAUUCAAUUAAUUUAAACAACUAUCAUUAUAACAGUGAUGAAAUGAAUAACUUAGAGCCAGAAUCUGAGUCCGAAUUUCAAGUAAUGGAAUAUUUUGCAAAUUUCUACAAUAAAAUUGCUCCUAUACUGUUUGGACCAUUAAUCAAAAAGGAUAGCACGAUGGAAAUAUCAGAACUGAAUGGACAGAUAGAAAAGGUUCAAAAAGACGAUCUUUUGUUGAUUCAUUUAGUUAAAUUGGUAUCAUUUGUGUGCACCGAGCACGAUCGUGUCUUAUCCAGAAGAUUCAUAUUAGAAAAUGGUAUACUAGAUUCUGUCAGCAAACUUAUUGGCGGUAACCAUAUAUUGCAGCUGAGGUUAACAGCAGUAAGGUGCGUUAAAAACCUUAUGUGUCUCGAUGAUAAAUACUACCAUCGAUAUAUGAUUUCCAAAAAUUUAUAUGCGCCAGUUUUCAAACUCUUCCAGGAGAACAUAGAUAAAAACAAUCUUGCAAAUUCGUGCAUUCAAGAUUUUUUCCGCAUUAUCAUAACAGAAUGUAGAGGGUACCAAGGUGAUGGCCAAAACAGAAAGGGAGAGAGCAACAGUUCUUAUAAUAGCAAUAGUAAUAACGUUAAAUUAAACGUGAAUAACAAUAGGACAAACUUUACCAUUUUAAACAAAUACUUAGUUCAAACUUAUGGCGAUACUUUGAAAAAAGCUACUGAUAUACCUUUCAUCAAGGACAUGCUAGAAAUUGGGGAAGAAAACCAACCCGAUCAUUCUAGUUUUGAAAAUAGCAUUGAAGGCGAGAAUGAUAUUUCAGUAAAUAUAUCAUCAGAUGGAUUCACUUCAAACCAUUUAGAAGAGAUUGACAUUAAAAACGUCAAAAGAUUACAUUCCGAGAUCGAUCACUUUGAAAAUGAUCCGCAUUAUUCUAGUGAUCAGUUAGCAUUUAAAAAAAGCGUCGACCAAAUGAAUGCAAGCACAUGA